AAAGAGAGCAGAGAAAAAGGCGAAGUAAACCAGACAUCUUACCACAAAAACAGAGUAGAGUUUUUUUUGUCUAAACAUGGAAGCAUCAAGAAUAUGUUUUGGCCCUAAGACUCUCCCUAACGUUCACAAACCCCCUCUCUCUCUUAAAACCAACCUCGCCCUCUCUCUCUUUCCUCGCCGUUUGCUUCAAAACAAUACCUUUCCCUCCAAGAAACCCUCAAAACACGACUUGUUAUGUGUUAAAGCUGAGAGUAGUGGCGAUCUCGAGAGUACUCGUCCAUUGACCUACUUUUCUCCAUCUUUUUGGGGAGAUCACUUCCUCUCUGUUCCCGUCCAUGACUCUGAAUUUGAAGCUCUUGAGCGAGAAAUUGAGACUGUGAUGAGGCCUAAAGUGAGAGACAUGCUUGUGUCUCCUCACAGUAGCGACAAGGAUAGGAUUCGUCUUAUCCAUUUGCUUAUCAGCCUCGCUAUCGCUCAUUAUUUUGAGAGCGAAAUAGAAGAGAUUCUACACCAAGCUUUCCGAAAGUUGGACGGCAUAAUUUCUGAAGAAGAUGAUCUUGAAACAAUUGCUAUCAUGUUUGAAGUUUUCAGACUAUACGGACACAAGAUGUCUUGCGAUGUGUUUGAUCGAUUCAAAGGUGAAGAUGGGAAGUUGAAGCAAAGUCUAGCAAAGGAUGCUAGAGGGAUGCUACAGUUGUACGAAGCAGCGCAUCUCGGGACACCAUCUGAAGACAUAAUGGACGAAGCCAUAAGUUUCACUCGGUAUCACUUGGAGUCCUUGACAAGCCAAGAAACAAGCGACAAUCUCUUUAAACAUAUACAAAACGCAUUGUAUAGAGCUCGAUAUCAUAGCAUAGAGAUACUAGUGGCAAGGCAGUACAUCUCUUUCUACGACCAAGAAGAAGGCCACGAUGAGACGAUCCUUAAGUUUGCCAAGCUCAACUUCAACUUUUGCCAGAUGCAUUACGUCAAAGAGCUUAAAAUUGUCACAAAGUGGUGGAAGGAGCUAGACGUGGCGCAUAAGCUACCAUACAUAAGGGACCGAAAUGUGGAGGUCUAUCUUGGCGGGCUAGGAAUAUAUUUCGAGCCACGCUAUUCACCUGGGAGAAUUAUUGUGGCGAAACUUACAAUGAUCUUGACCGUUGUGGAUGAUACAUUUGAUGCAUAUGCCACUCUUCCUGAGUCUUUAAAUAUUGAUCGGGAAAUGAGAGCUCGAGGAAAACUUGGUAGAUUGCAACUAACAAUAGAUGAGACUAAGAGUCUCACGAAAUUGUAUCUAACGAUAGCAAAAUGGGCACGCGCAAGUCACGUUCAGAGUUUUGAGGAUUACAUAGAGAAUGGGAUUCCCGCGGCUGCAAUGACUGACUUUGCAGCCUACAGCUUUAUAGCCAUGGACGAUUGUGAGCAGGAGCAACUGAAUGAGUGGUUCUACUCCAAACCCAAAAUCCUUCAAGCUAUAAAUGCUGUGUUUCGUCUAAGCAAUGACAUUGUCACGUACGAGCAAGAGGUGGCCAGAGGAGAGGUGGCCAAUGGUGUCCACUGUUACAUGAAGCAACAUGGUGUUUCCAAAGAAGCGGCAAUUGAAGAAUUGACGAAGAUGGAAAGAGAGAAUUAUAAGAUAAUGAUGGAGGAGUUCAUGACGUCGAAAGCUGUGCCACGACAGAUUCUAGUGCGACUUGUUAACAUUGCACGCGUGAUCGAUUUGUAUUACAAGAAUGGUGAUGGAUUUGGCCAACCCGAUCAACAGUUCAAAGAUCUUCUUGCGUCUUUGUUCCUCCAACCAAUCCCCCUUUGAACACUUUCAAAUCCUAUAAUUUAUUUCCUACUUGUGGUUUUGAAUUUUUAAGAUUUCUUUUACAUGCAUGUGUAUUGACAAUUUCCCCCGAUGUUAAAGAUAAUAUCAUUCAUUGAGUGUUAAGGCUCACCAAUAAACUCGAUCUCUAACUUUGUAAAACUAAGUGAGAGACGUUACAUGUUU